AUGUAUCGGAAGUUGUCUAAGUUAGAACACUCGGAAAUAAAACAACUUCUUACAGAAGCUAACAUAGAUGUUGCAAAGCAUUACGCAACAAACAAAAAAGCACUCGCUGACUUCAUUAAAGACUAUAAUGGUGCAAUAAGUUAUGAUAGAAUUCAUGAGUUCAUAAAGCCGCAACGCGGCGAGGACGAAGUCCAUGCAAUAGCAUUUCCUUUAAAUGACGUUGCUAUUGACUUAUAUCAUAGACGUUCAGUACCUCAUGAAGUAAGAAGAGAAAUGUUUGACAUAACAAAUGCAAACGUUGGUCAUACUCGUAAAGCUCUUUCGCAUGAUGUUCGUCAAGAAAUGUUUGACAUAACAAAUGUAAACGUUGGUCAUACUCGUAAAGCUCUUUCGCAUGAUGUUCGUCAAGAGAUGUUUGACAUAACAAAUGCAAACGUUGGUGAAACAAGAAGAAGAGACGACACACUGAAACAACAGAGAAGAGAGAUGUUUAAAAGUGCUAUAGAACAAGUUCGUAAAGCUAACGAUGUCAUUCGUUCCAUUGACGACAAACCAAAAGAAGGUGAGAGAUGGUUAAAGAAAGAUGAAGAGAAUAGGAAGAGAAAU